UGGCAAAAGCGCGAAGUAGUCAACCCCUCCGCUUCCUCCGUUUAUCACCAACUUUUCUUGAUCAGAAAAAAAGGAGGAAAACGUGAUCAAGUCGUAAUUAGUUAAAAGCUAAUUAAGCAAACCUCCUGACACCUGACUCCGUGGCCCCAGUGCCAUUUAUUUCUGUCUUUGGACAUCAAAUUAAUCUCAAAUCAGUUUUCCGGAGCAAAGGAAAAACCAACAGGGCGAGGUCUUUCUGGAGUCUGGAGUCGUGACUGUGCGUGCUGACGAAUUUUAGUUGUUGAAUUGAAGGGUAUUUGGCACUGGCUGGAAACAUAUUUUUGGUGCUUUGAAUAGCUUAGUUCAGAAAUGAGUCAAAGGGGGUUGAUUUACAGCUUUGUCGCCAAAGGAACAGUUGUUCUUGCAGAGCACACACCCUACUCUGGCAACUUCAGUACCAUAGCUGUCCAAUGCUUGCAGAAGCUGCCAUCAAAUAGCAGCAAGUAUACAUACUCGUGUGAUGGCCACACCUUCAACUUCCUCCUUGACAGUGGAUUUGUUUUUCUUGUUGUGGCGGAUGAAUCAAUGGGGAGGAGUGUACCUUUUGUGUUUCUUGAGAGAGUGAAGGACGAUUUUAAAAAGCUGUACGGUGCCAGUAUCAAGACUGAUGGGUCUCAUCCACUUGCUGAUGAUGACGAAGAUGAUGAUUUGUUCCAAGACCGUUUUAGCAUUGCAUACAAUCUUGAUCGGGAAUUUGGACCAAGGCUUAAAGAGCAUAUGCAGUAUUGUAUGAACCAUCCAGAUGAGAUGAGUAAGCUGUCCAAACUGAAGACUCAGAUUACAGAAGUCAAAGGCAUAAUGAUGGACAAUAUUGAGAAGGUGUUGGAUCGAGGUGAGAAGAUCGAGUUACUUGUGGAUAAAAGUGAAAACCUUCAGUUCCAGGCUGACACCUUCCAGAGGCAAGGGAGGCAACUUCGUCGGAAGAUGUGGCUUCAAAACCUUCAAAUGAAGUUGAUGGUUGGAGGUGCUGUUCUUGUUCUGAUCAUCAUCUUCUGGCUCAUAGCAUGUGGAGGUUUUAAAUGUUGAUUGUUGAUCGCUUUUUGUGGAGGGUAUAACAUUUGGCUUGAAAACAUUGUUCUCUGUCCUUUGUAAUGUGCAAAGUGUUGGUACUCUGCUGUAUAUUCAACCGCUGAUGGAAUAUUAUACUCCUGUUUACUUAUCUAAUAUACAUGCUAAGCUAAUGGUAGCUCUAUUUUUAUAGCUUGAAA